UGGGUAACAAUUUUAUUAGCCAACUGAACCGCCGAAUUUUUGACAUUGUCAAAAACUUUAUUGAGUUAACAUUUAACUUUUUGUUAUAUUUUGUCUUAUUCUUUUUCCAUAUACAUAUUUCUUUUAUAAUAUUUUAAAUGGCGGUUAGUGAAUUAUCGCUUGUAAAAGGCACCGAUGUCUCCAAAACCCUAGGCACCUCGUUUAAUCUGCAUCAAAUUCUUGAAGAAAUUGAUAUAUUGACAAUAUUGGAUACCUUUAAUAAAGCAAGUGGCCAAUGUCUUAACAGCCAAGCCCUACGAGAUUUGUUGUACAAAAAAAAUGAUAUCAUCUUUGAGGAUUUGGAAUACGAAUCGAUUUUUAACAAGAUUGACAUUAAUAGUACAGGAACAGUAACAUGGGAUGACUUCAUUUCAUUCCUUAUUUUGGGUUACGAACAAGCAGCUAUUUCCGCUGAAUUCAAAAGCUUGGAAAGUCCAAUUCCUUGCAAACCAAACAUAAAAAAGUCUUUUCACAGACCGUACGUAAUAAGGAUUUUAUUUAAUCCAACCCUUUUUCCUGAUAGAAGCAUAAACUGGUCCGAGGGAAGUUACAUGACUCUUAGUAAAGAUGGCAUUAUAAAUUAUUGGUCUUUGGAUAUGGAGAUUCAAGAUACUGUCCAAUCGACGAAUCCGGAUUUGAAAGUAACACAAACAUGGGUGACCGAUAUGGUCGCGAUGCCCGAUGUGAAUGUGGUGUGCACCUCCAGCAGCGAAAGGGACUUGAGGUUUUACGAUUCCACGGCCAGAAAAUUCCAGUUAAGAAUCCGGAUAACUUCGUUUAAUUACGCAGUAAGCACGAUGUAUUAUUAUUACCCAGACUCCAAUUUAUUACCUUCGAGACUUAUCAUGGGAGACCUGGGUGGAAAUAUAAUAAUGUUUUCCAUUGAAACGAAAAAUAGAGGUCCUUUUAUGGGCAUACUGGGGUGUCCUUUGUUGCAGUGCAGGUUUGACCAUGUAAGACAUGGACAUUUCGAAGGAUUUCAAACGAUUAUUUACCCAAAAGUGCACACAGACUUUGUAAGACAAGUUUACUAUUACAAAUCCUUACACAGUAUAGUAUCAUGUGCUGCUUGUCCUGUAACACCAGUUGCUGUAAUUGAUUAUACGAAAAAUCAAUACACGCCCAAUUUAAAAGCUUAUCCGAUUUCGGGAGGGGCUUGGUGCUUUCACGUUCUCGAAUCAGUUCACUUAAUUGGUACAGGAGGUCCAGACGGCUUGGUACGUGUAUGGAACCCAUUCAUGUCCACUAGACCGACAGCAAUAUUCUACAGACACCACACAGGCAUAAUACAGAUUACUUUCCAAGACGAAGGCAAACUAAUGUACACCCUGUCCAAAGAUAAGAACAUCAAAGUGUGGGACGUGCAAGCUCAACAAAUGAUUCAAAAUUACAUAGAUAUACCGUCUCCACUUGGCGAUAAAGAGUUCGUCACUUUUUAUAACCCCAGCAGUAGGCAGUGGAUCAUUGGUGGAGCUAAGUUGGCCAUACUGCCGUUAUCACCCAAGAUGAGUUCUGAACACACUGACGGUGAUACUCAUUCCGGUGGGGUGUCUUGUGUCCUUUACAACAACCUAUUUAAAUUGAUCGUCACAGUUGGGAUCGAUAGCAUUAUCUUAGUAUGGGACCCAUGGGACGGAAGGAGAAUGUUAACCGUCAAAGACGCACACGUAACCAUAAUGAAUGGUUUAGCAAUUCCAGUUGAAAUAACAGCUGCGUGCUUUUCCCAAAACUAUCACUUUUUAUUAACAGCUGCGCACGAUGGCACCAUCAAAAUUUGGGACUUUCACAAUGGAACUUGUCUACGAAAUUUGAAGCUAAAAAAAAACACUGAAAUUUGCAAAGUAUUUUGGGUAGGAACUCGAAUUCUGGCAAUGGGUUGGAACAGGCGUAUCACGGAGUUCAAUUCAAAAGGCGAAGCCAUAGGUACAGGCAGGGCGUACAGUAAAAACUGGGACUUGAGACAUAAAGGCGACAUUAGCUCGGCUGCCAUACGAAUACCGCAAACUCUCGUAACGGCCGAUUUCGACGGUAGCAUUGUGAUGUGGAAAUUGGAGACUGGGCAGCCGUACAAAAAAUACAACGUUUCAGCUCCUACAGUCAGGAUAAAAAUUGAUUAUAAAUUGCCAAAACAUAGAACAUCAAUUGUCGUCGAUGAUGAAGCUAUAGAUGGUAAAUCUACCAAUUUGUUGACGAGAUUCGUACCAAAAAGAAUGUCAACUUUUAGUCUGGAUGGUAGAUCUCAUGAUCAUCAUGAUCAUCAUGAAAGAAAAGCAGCCAAAAUGUCCAUGGUGCCAGUGCCAAAGGAACUGGUCUCUUUAAGAGUACUGGCAGUGCAUUGCAUGAUAUUUCUCAAUAAGAGAGAAAUGGACCCCGAAGUAGGAACAUUGUUAGUUUCUUUGGGGAAUGGAACCAUCCAAAUAUGGUCCCAUGAUACUCUGGGCGCGUUUAUAACGUCUUUCUCGUCCAUACACAAAGCUGGAGAUUAUGUUUUGUCUAUGGCUACCGACGAAGACAACGAAUUUUUAUUUACAGGUCACUGUUCGGGAUACAUCAAAACAUGGCUACUUUUAGACCUUUGCGUUAAAAAUCCACCGCAUAUUUGUCUUCCAAAGUACAGAUUACGUUUUCCAUACAUGUGGACUGGAAUAAUUCGGGGAAGUGCUUGCAGAAAUUUGACACCAUUGGACAGACCCAUUUUAUUAAAUUCUUACAAAGGACAUUUCCUUCCGAUAUCUUCUUUGGAAUAUAUAGAUGAGGCGCGAAUGCUUAUAAGUGGUAGUUCCGAUCGCAGCGCAAGGCUGUGGACAUUAAGUGGAAGAUUUCUGCAAACUAUCGGCAGUUUUAAGGGAUGGAAAAAACUUCCUUAUGCGCAACCAGUUAUAGAGGGAGAAUUUGAGUUUACUGUACCAGCUGACUUGAAACGAAUUUUGAGUUCAACAUCUUUUAGGGUUUUAAGUGGUGGCUUUUUGGAGAGGAAAAUGACAAAGAAACAAAUUAAAGGAAGAGCUGAGAAAGAAAGGGCUGCAAUAGACCCAGGAAAGAUCUAUGGGAAAGGUAUAAAUAAGCCCAUCCUUGGUCAUUAUUAUCAAUUACCUGAAAGGGUUACAAUCUAUAGGGAUGUUCAGUUUGAUUGCUCGCUACCACAUAUUCCUGUUUACACACAUCUUAAAACUCCUGAAGUUAAAGAGGUCAGCCUCUCGGAGAAGAAAGUUAUUUCUAUUCCAGAGCAGCCCUAAAUGUUGUCAUCAAGAAAUGAUAAUAAUAAUAGAAGGAAGC